AGCACCGUGUCAAAGUACUUGUCUUGCUGGCGUGUGAUUUGAGCUGCGGAGGCCACGACAGCAUUGCGUUCAGCACGCCAAAAGUUACCUUCUCUGCCGUGUGUAUUGUUGUUGUGUUUCCACUGCUGUUCUCACUCGCAGUACAGUCCAUUGCUGGUCUCUCUCAAUAAAGGUGUUUACUGCUACACGCCCUCUCUCACACACGUACACAGGAUGAACCUGGCACCUGAGACAACCACCAUUGAAGCGCAGCGCAGCACGGAGCUGCUCCUGCUGGAUCACCUCCGCAGUACCAACCCUCAUCUCUACGCGCUCUGGUGCGACCACCCCGACCACAACAAAUCGGGCGAUGACUCAGAGAGCACUACUGGAUCGGCUACAGAGAAUGAUGCCUCUCCUUCUCCCGCCUCAAUGAAGGAACAACGACAGGCGGCAGCAGCAGCCACAGCAGGAACGACUCCCUUCCACUACGCAGAAGCGCAGCUUCAUCGUGCGGCGCACGUUGCGUACGCCAGCACCCAUAUUCAGAAUCUCCCCAACACUCUGCAAGGCAUGUAUCCCUCGCGGCCAUGGGUGGCAUAUUGGUGUUUGCAGGCCGUGGACCUGCUGGGCGCAGUCGAGACCGACUUGCUCCCGCGCACGCCUGCGGCGGACAUCGCCGCGUUUCUGUACAGCUGCUUGAGCCGUGAUACGACCUGUGAAGCAGAGCUGAACGCGGCGGCUGUCCUGGCAGAGGACUCCACGCAGAAAUCCACUCCUACCGGGGAAGGGGACGAAAGGAAAAUCGGCUACAGCGCGGCAACUGUCGCAGACGGCGCGGAACGUCCGGCAAUCGGCUUUGCAGGUGGUCCCGUGCAUCAGCUCCCGCACCUGGCCGCCUCCUACGCGGCGUGUUGUGCGCUGGCGGUGCUGUCCGUCUACGACAAGGGUGCCGCCAUCCGGCGGCUGCCCCGGGCGGCGAUCAAGCGGUGGCUGCUGACGCUGCGCAACGAGGACGGCAGCUUCCGCGUGCACGGCGGAGGGGAGUCGGACAUCCGCGCGUCCUACUGCGUCGCCGUCAUCACCUCGUUGCUGUGCCUCGACGACCCUUCUACCUUUGACCUCGCACGCUGUCGUCGCGCCGUCGAAGAUGAUGACAUUGAAAAUGCCGAUGAUGCCGAUGCGGGCGCUGCUUUUCGUGCCCCACGUGAGUACGUGGAGGAUGUGCAGUAUGAGCCGGUGCUGACGCUGCAAACAGCGAGGUUUGUGGCCGCCUGUCAAACACACGAGGGCGGCUUCACGUGUGCCUCUACCGCGUCCGAGGCGCAUGGUGCGUAUACCCAAUGUGGGCUGGCGGCACUGCUGCUGAUGAAACAACCCAACCUGCUCCAUCAGUCGUCGCUGCGUCGGUGGCUGGCAGCUCGUCAGCUCAACUGCGAGGGCGGGUUUAGCGGGCGCACUAAUAAGCUCGUCGACUCCUGCUACUCGCAUUGGAUCGGUGCGUCGCACGUUCUCCUGCGCGCCGUGGAAGCCUACACGAAGUGUUUCCCAGCCCGUACGGAGGAGGAGCGUAACACCCGCGGGUCCGCCGCAGAAGACGGCGAGGAGGCGGAGAAGGCUGCUGUGGAUGCCUCGUCGGCCUACCUGCUCGCGAAGGAAGUUGUGUUGUUAGAUCACGCACAGCUGCUCGACGCGAAGCUGAUCCAGACCACCGAGACCGCAGCCUGGGAUCGCGCGGAAGCUGACCACAGCAGACGCGUCGACCUCGUCGAUCAGUUUCUUGGCGCGGACGACGACUGCCUUCGUGCUGCGUCGGCGAAGCGCUCGGCGUGGUCCGCCCUCUACGACGACAUUUUGAAGGCGCACGACCCUGCUAGCGCUUCACCGGCGGCACAAUCGGAGGCGGCGAAAGACAUUCCCGACGAGCGGGUUCGCACCUUUCACAGGCGCCAGGCCUUCCUCUACGCCGAUGUGGGCGACUACUACUUUAAUCAGCGCAAGCUGCAGGACUACGUGCUGCGGUGCUGCCAAGACGCAGGGGUUGGUGGUCUCAUGGACAAGCCGGGCACCGCCCAUGACACCUACCACACCUGCUACUCUCUUUCUGGGAUGAGUGCGGCACAGAACCUGCAGUACCUAACGCACGCCACGGCAUCCGUGGCGAAGGAUGAGGCAGCUUCGCCUUUGUCAAGCCCAAGUUAUCUGGCGCGGGCGUUUGCGCAGUCCUAUUUGCCUAUGCGCCGUGUGACGGGCAGCUACGGGGUGGUGCUCGAUAUUCCAGGUCCGUCGCCGGCGGCAGAGGCCAGCGUGUUGCGCACAACAAGCCCUAUCUUUAACAUUCACCAAUCCGCCGUGCUGUCGGCGUGGCGGGUGUGGGGUCUGAAGUCGUGUCUGUGA